AUGGCUUCGUUAACUGUAAAACGAACUACACCAACAAUACAAAAACGUGUUGAUAAUCAUGCACAAUCACUUCCUCCAUUAGAUUAUUCGUUUCAUAAUGCACAGAAACUUGAAGAUGCAGUUGCUGAACCACGUGUAGUACCAGGUGGACAAAAAUUAAUUAAACAAGGUGAUAAAUAUCAUUCGCAUGGUAUUAAUUUAAAUCAUAAUGCUUUAAAUGGUCCUGUGGAAACAUUGCCGGAUUUUAUACGAACUACACUUGUUGAUCCGAAUGCUCUUUCAACAUUAGAUUUAUCAUUUAAUGAAUUUACGGAAAUUCCUACAGUAAGAAAAAAUAAUAUAAAAUGA